GUUAGGAAUCUGCUUAUUGAGUAUUUUAAUAGGGUAUUUGAAAGAAGAAAUAAAAUGGGCCGAGGUCAAUUAAGUGGGCUGGGGUCAUUAUAUGUUAGUCCCUGCGUGGACCUACUACUAUAAAUAGUAAGUUGGGUAGCUAAUAAUAGGUAGACUGUUAUUUUGAUUAUCGGUUGCCUUGUUGCCUAAGUCCCGGUUGCCUAAGAAGUCCCUGUAGCCUACGGUUUAUCUUCUUCAUCAAUAAACACUAUUUCCCUACCAUUUAUCAGAUCUGUGGUAGAUAGUUUACUGUAUUGCUCAGAUUACUGCCAGGUGCCUAACAUUGGUAUCAGAGCAUCACUGCUCCUGGGGAUCCGAUUGAAGUGUCACUUAUCAUCCAUCGACUACCCUGGAGCUAUGGAAGAAGCCUGGACACCAGAAAUGGAGGCUCGCUUGGAUAAGCUCAAACUGGAGAUGAAGACGGCUAUGGCCACCCUCGCGACAGCGAUGAAGGACCAGAUCCAUAUCAGCAUCGCCACUGCGAUAGCAGCGAUAAAGGAACAGAAUCCGUCCAGGGGGAAAUCACGAUCACAACUUCAUCGUCACUCUCGAUCAUCGCAUAGUCCGACGCGGGCCACUACUUCGAUUCCAUCAUCGCCACCUGUUUCUCCCAGUCCGCAGUCGUCCAUUCCUUCUACUCGCUCGCAGAUAUCAUAUCAAUCGCUAGCAUCGUCUUCCACUUCGCCAGUCGAUUCUCACCCUUUGCCUUCCUCGGCAUCGCAAACUCUGACGCAAGUUGUUUCUCAGAGUUCUCAGAUUUUGUCGCAAUCCGAUCUCCAGUGCUUGCAGGUAUCACCGCACACCUCUUCUCACUCUGCUCAAGCUUCAUCGCCCAAAAUGAAGUUGAGGCCAACGGAACCAGGUCUGGAUGAUGAUGACUCAAACUGCAGGAUAUCUGUCAAAUCAUCACAGCCUACGAAGGAUAAAAAUGGAACUAGUCCGGUAAAAGUGAAAGAGCAAUUGCCAUUGCAACUGGAGGAUCAGGUAAAUAGCACAGAUAAAAUAGGAAGGAGGAUUCGAGCACUUGAAUGGAAAUCCGACAGUGCUGUGAUGAAUUAUGGGCCUGAUGUGUUUGUAUCUACAACCAGGCUCAAUCCUAUAAUGGAUCAGUCACAACUUUUUCUAGUGGGGACAGGAAUCAGUGCAUUCUCACCUGAAAUUGUGUUGUUGAAAGCAGGGCAAGUUGUUCUUGGAGUUCCUAAUGGUGAAAGUUCUAAGGACUUGACUGCCAGUAUGCCUCGAUUGGAAUUGCACACUGAUGAAGAAGAGAAAGUUUCUGUGGUAACUCACUCCUCGAUUGCUAUGGAUUAUGAAUCUGCCAUUCAUAAACUUGUUGGUCCAAAUACUUUAGAAAGCUCUACAGGGACUGUGUGUAUAGAUGGCUUUAGCAAAAUUUUUGGGGCUACUGUAGGACAUAUUUGGAAGAAAAUUUGUGUAGAAGACAUUGCCACAAGGGUUGAUAAGCAGUUUGUGUAUGCAUCAGUUAAGGUAAUCAGCAUGGAUGUGCCCCCUCCUGUGAUGGCAAAUGUGUG